AUGCGGGUGCACGGGUGCACGGGUGCGGGCGGAGUCUACCAGGCCAAAGCAUUCCAAGAUGCUCUGCGGGCGAAGAUAACCAAAGGCGAGUCAAACAUCAAGCCAAAGUCCAGGCCACAGCGCAGCAGUAAGACCAAGGUGAAGCAGUUGGAGCAGCAGCCGGACGAUAUGUCAAGGACAUCGAGGCUCUGGCCAGGCAGCGGCAAAGCAACUGUUGGACAAUGGACCAUUUUGCUGACUGUCAUCCUGUGCGCCAGCCGAGCUGUUGCCGCGCCCAAUCAAACCGAGCUGCAUGCCGUAACUGGAGCUGGCGGCUCGGCGCCGGCCAAGACCUUGGCCUCCACGGCGCAUCGUUUUAGCAGCCGGAACAACAUAACCAUACUGCAUGAGGUCACGCCCGAGGAGGAGCUGGCGGAGCCACCGCUAACGCUCAACAUACACGAGGUGCUGCCGCCGCAGAAGCCGACCAAGAAGAAGCCAUACCUGCCGCUGGACAAGCUGUUGCCGGCCAUUGAUUAUGUUAAGCCGCAUCCGCUGAAGGAGUACGAACUGCAUCCGGUUACGUUCGAUUUCAACUUGGGCGAUCUGGAGGAUCUCGAGCAUGAGGUCAUCAAGAAGGGUGAUCUCAGCAGCGAGGAGCAGCACGUGCUCAGCAAUGGCAAUGCGCCCGACCUCAGCUACAAGCCCACAAAUCCCGAUGACACCGAUCCUGUCGAUGUGGAUAUAUCAGCGCUGCCCGAGUCUGGUUACGCGCUGCCCACCACAGCUCCCACAACCACAACAACAACGACAACAGCAACUGCAGGCACAACAACGAGCACCACAACCACACCCGGCACACACAUCUUGAAAAUACUGCGGAACAAGCCAUCCACGAAGAAGGGUCGCGAGCUGCUCAAGCAGAGCGACGACGACAUGCAGCUGAAGACCCUGGGCAGCACCAUCAACAGCAUCAGCCGCUAUCUGGGCAGCAAUAGCUCAGGCAAUACCAACAGCAGCAUGGCCGAGAGCCUCUACGGCUCGGCUAACUACUUUCAGAUCGUGACCAACCUCUACGAUCACUUCUACUGGCAGAUCUCCGAGAUACGCACCAGUGUGCGCACCGGCUGUGGCCUCGAAAUGCAGGCAUACCUGACCGCACUCCACUCCAGCUACGAGUGGGCACAGAAAGCAUAUGAUGCAUCCGGACGAUAUCGUGGGCAGCUGCUGUUCGGCAAUGACAAGUGGCUGGGUCAGCUGCAAUUCUGCCUUGAGCUCAACCGACAGCUGUCGGGUAGCGGGGAGCGCAAGCACUUUGAGCUGGAGUUCUAUGUGGCAGAUGUGUCCCUGCAAUUGCCACGGCUCAAUCGAACGCAGAUGCUAAGCCUGGGCGAGUGCCUACCCAAGUCCUGCUCGGCGCACGAUGUCCAGGCCAUACUCUCGCUGGAUCCCUACGCCCGCAUGCUGACCAUGUUGGCUGCACACAAUGCCAGCGUCCAGCAACCGGCGUUGCAGGUGCUGCGCGUGCGCACCGUGCCCGGCCCCUACAGCCACUGGCGGCAGCUAAAGUUCCAGGUGUUCAUAAGCUUUCUGCUUACCCUGCUGCUGGUGAUGAUUGUGGCCACCUAUUGCCAGCUAAAAAUCGAUAAGCGUCGCCUGGUUGCGGCCCCGAUACCAGCGAUAAGCGCCAAAUGCGAUGCGGCCAACAAGGGCGGCGACUACGAGACCGCCUACUAUGGCAAGCCCUUUGAGCUGUUCCAGAUGCGUCCGCUGGGCAGCAAUGGGAUUGUGGCCAGCGAGACGGCCCUGGACGCACACAUGGAUAUGAAUGGCAACAGGCAGCGUCAUGUCAUGGAUGCUGCUGCUAAUUUAACUGAGGCAAUGCCUGGCGAGGGCACAGCAUCUACCUCGGUAGGCGUGGCCUUGGCCGUGGGCGUGGGCGUGACGGGCAAACAGUCGGAAAAGACCGAGAUGACGGACUACCAGGUGGAAACGGGCAGCUGUGCGGGCGUACAGGGCACCUACGAGGCCGAACAGCCCAUAGCUCUGCACCAGCAGCUGUUGCUGUGCUUUGCACUGCAAACGAACGCCAAGGCCAUAUUGAACAUAGACAAGACCAAGGAGACGCACACAUCCUGCUUGCACGGCCUGCGUGUCUUCUCGGUGCUCUGGACCAUGAUGGUGCACACGUAUCUGCAGAUGUUUGCCAUAGGCGAGAAUAAGUUCGAACGCGUGAUUACGGAGCGUUCGUUUUGGUACCAGAUCAUUGGCAAUGCGACCUUCUCCGUGGACUCGUUCUUCUUCAUCAGCGGCCUGCUGGUGACUCUGCUCUAUGUGAAGCAGGAGCGCAAGCCGCCGGGGCCGCCGUGCAGCUUCGUGAAGCGCAGCUGCCAGGACACGCUGAUGAUGCUUCUCUAUCGCUAUUUGCGCCUCACGCCCGUCUACCUCUUUGUGGUGUUGUUCAAUGACUUUGCCGUGCGGCAGGGCCUGGACUCGUCCGUUUUCCAGCCGGCCAAAAUCGAGCACAACACCUGCCGCAUCUAUUGGUGGCGCAACAUACUCUAUAUCAACAACUUCUUUCCCCAGCACGAGAUGUGCAUGAUGUGGAGCUGGUAUAUGGCCAAUGAUAUGCAGUUCUAUUGCAUGGCAUGCCUACUGCUGGCCCUCUCCCGAAAAUACUUCAAGGCUGUGGCUCUGACGCUGAUUGUGUUUCUGGUCAGCUCGUGGAGCAUUGCGGGCAUCAUCUCCAUGCAGCAUCAGUAUACUCAUAAGGUGGCGCUGCCCUUUGAGUCCUUUGACUUUCUCUACGACAAGCCCUGGCAGCGUGUGGGCGCCUACAUCGUGGGCAUGUUCGCCGGCUAUGCGCUGUAUAGGGUGAAGACGCCGCCGCAGAUCUCGAGGCGGCUCAAUCUUAGUCUGUGGGCCUGCAGUCUGGGCAUAUUAUUCCUUGUCAUCUUUGGCGUUUGGCCGGGCGAGCUGAGCGUCGUGAACACGGCCUUCUAUGUGGGCAUCGGACACACCGCCUUCGGCUGCGGCCUCGUCUGGAUUGUGCUCUCCUGCUGCUGGGGCCUGGCGCCCACCGUCAAUGCGAUACUCUCCUACCGCGUGCUCUGGCCACUAUCGCGCCUCACCUACUGUGCGUAUCUCAUCCAUCCGAUCAUCAUGUUCAUCUGCUCAUCGCACAUGAGCGGCACCGUGCAUCUGAACAAUCCGAUGAUAUUGACCACAUUUCUGGGCAAUGCUGUUGUCUCCUUCGGCUCGGCCUUUGUCAUAUCCGCCCUGUUCGAGGCGCCAGUCAUACGCGUACUCAAGAUCUGUUUCAAGAAGUGAUUUCCUCUCCAUCGAUUGUUCGUGCAGCUUCCUUCC